GCAACGUGAUCGUCUCAGUUUCAAUCUCAAUCUCUUCAGCAUCUCACCACACAACAAAUAAACCACAAUCGGAAACGCAACCACAUUUCGUACUGGAAUCAAUAUGGGUAGGUUCGUCUUCUUCGCGGUGUUCCUGGCGGCCCUGGUAGCCGUCUCCGCCGCCCAAGGCGUGCUCGAGCAGAGCCUCACGGACGCGCAGUGCCGGGGCGAGGUCCAGGAGAAGCCGCUCCUCGCGUGCCGGCAGAUCCUCGAGCAGCAGCUGACCGGCCGCGCCGGCGAGGGCGCCGUCGGCGUCCCGUUGUUUCAUGCCCAGUGGGGCGCCAGGGAGCGAUGCUGCCGGCAGCUCGAGAGCGUCAGCCGCGAGUGCCGCUGCGCCGCCCUCCGCGGCAUGGUGCGGGACUACGAGCAGUCCAUGCCGCCGCUGGGAGAAGGGCGCCACGGCUCGUCGGGGGAGCGUCAACAAGAGCAGGGGUGUUCCGGCGAGUCCACGGAGCCGGAGCAGCGGCAGGAGGUACAAGGGGGUCAGUAUGGCAGUGAGACAGGAGGAGGCCAGCAGCAGGGAGGAGGCUACCACGGGGUGACCGUCGGGCGUGGUGGCCAGCGGCAAGGACAGGUGCUCUGUCACAAGAGGCCGCAGCGGCAGCAGGGAGAAGGGUUCUCCGGCGAGGGGGCGCAGCAGAAGCCGCAGGCCGGUCGCGUGAGGUUGACGAAGGUGCGGCUGCCGACCGCGUGCCGGAUCGAGCCCCAGGAGUGUAGCGUCUUCACCGCCGACCAGUACUACUAAGCUAGCUGAUUGGUGGAUGUACUGUGUGAGCUCUGAUAAUAAGUGUGACCUGUAACCACAAUCCUCCAUGCGGAAAUGACAGUGAUAAUGAAAAAGCAAUGAAUAAUGAAAUGGAUUUACUUGCCAGAA